AUGCCUGACCACUCCCCCUCCUACUCCCAGGACGAUCCCACCCUGUACCUGUUCACCUCCCUCACCGCCGGAUCCUCCCACAUCAUCACCGCAACCUCCAGACUCGAAACCAUCCUCAAAGCAAACAAAAUCGCCUUUCGCGCCAUCGAUGCCGCCACAGACGACAAGGCCCGGACGCUCUGGGGGAGGAAGUCAAAGGGGAGAAAACUGCCCGGCCUGGACAUUGAACAAAUCGAAGAAUGGAACGAAUACGGUGAACUCCAAGACCAAUUACGCGCCGACCCGUCUUCCGCCGCCAUCGAACCCUCCCCCGCCCCCUCCACCACUACCACCAGCAUCCCCUCCCGACCAACCCCCGUCACCGUCUCCAGCACCCCACACAUCCAGAUCGUCGGGACCCCGUCGCGCACCCCCUCGGCGCAGUCGAAGCGCGAGGACCGUCUCACGCUCGCCCUGCGACAGGCGAGCGAGGAGGCCGCUGCCAAGGCAAAGGAGACUGCGCGCGUGAGGGUCGGCGCCGUCUCGCCAUCGUCGAUGCGGGCAGCGGAGCAGGCAGUGGCGGCGAAGGCGGUGGAAGAGAGGAGCGCGGAACCAGAGGUGCCGUCUGGCGGGAAAGGGGAAGAGUCAAAAACGCAGGCUGAACCUCAACCCGAGUCUGCCACAAUAAAAGACGACGGUGGAGAGCCGGCGAAGAAAGAUGGACCGGCACCUGAGCUGUCAGAAGAUGCGGUGGAUGACGAGACACGAAAAGACAAACCGGACAGUUCUCAGCAGUGA